AUGGAUUUGGGGAGUAAGAGCCAACAACUUCUAUCCAAGAUUGCAACCAGUGACAAACAUGGGGAGGAUUCUCCUUAUUUUGAUGGGUGGAAGGCUUAUGAGAGAAACCCAUUUCACCCUACAAAAAAUCCUCAUGGUGUUUUACAAAUGGGUCUUGCGGAAAACCAGCUUUGCUUUGAUCUAAUUGAGGAGUGGAUACGGAAUAAUCCCAUGGCUUCCAUUUGCACUCCCGUAGGAGUGCAUCAGUUCAGAGAUAUUGCUAACUUUCAGGACUAUCAUGGGUUGAAAGAGUUCCGAAGUGCUAUGGCAAAUUUUAUGUCAAAAGUGAGAGGUGGUAGGGUCAGAUUUGAUCCAGACCGUAUAUUGAUGAGUGGAGGGGCCACAGGAGCAAACGAACUAAUCAUGUUCUGCUUGGCUGAUCCUGGAGACGCUUUUAUGGUUCCAACCCCAUAUUAUCCAGCAUUCGUCCGUGACUUGUGUUGGCGAACUGGGGUGCAAAUAAUCCCUGUCCACUGUGAUAGCUCAAACAACUUCACGAUAACGAGAGAAGCUCUUGAAGCAGCUUACAAGAAAGCCAUAGAGGACAACAUCAAGGUGAAGGGGUUGAUCAUAACAAAUCCAUCUAACCCUUUGGGCACCACCUUAGACAAAGACACAUUGAAGAGCCUUGUGAACUUCAUCAACGAGAAAAGCAUUCAUUUAGUUUGCGAUGAAAUAUACGCAGCCACAGUGUUCAGUUCCCCAAGCUACGUAAGCGUAACUGAAGUGAUACAAGACAUGGCGCAUUGCAACCGUGAUCUUAUUCAUAUAAUAUAUAGUUUAUCUAAGGACAUGGGGUUCCCUGGUUUCAGAGUUGGGAUAGUUUAUUCAUUCAAUGACACGGUGGUGAAUUGUGGAAGAAAAAUGUCAAGUUUCGGAUUAGUCUCUUCACAAACUCAACACAUGUUGGCUUCAAUGCUUUCAGAUGAAAAAUUUGUAACAAAGUUUCUCGCGGAGAGCAAAAGAAGGUUAGCAAAAAGGCAUAACAAAUUCGUGAAGGGACUUGAAGAGGUUAACAUCACACGCUUCCCAAGCAAUGCAGGACUUUUUUGUUGGAUGAACUUGAAGAGUUUGUUGAAAGAACAAACGUUUGAAGCUGAAUUGAAGCUAUGGCGUGUGAUUAUACAUGAAGUGAAGCUCAACGUGUCCCCAGGGUCUUCUUUCAGUUGCUCCGAGCCUGGUUGGUUUAGGGUUUGCUUUGCUAACAUGGACGAUGAAACGGUGGAUAUUGCACUCAAUAGAAUUCGAGCUUUCGUAGGGAAAGAAACAAAGAAACCUGUGGGAAUCAAAGGUUGGCAACAGAACCUUAGGCUUAGCUUUAAUUCAAGGAGGUUUGAUGAGACCGUCAUGUCACCUCAUAGGAUGUCUCCUCACUCACCUAUUCCUACGUCACCUCUUGUUCGAGCCACUUGA